UCCAUCACCAACCCAUUGAUUAAUUACUUCUUCUUCUUCUUCAUUCCCCCUUAAGAUUAAUCCUCCCCACCCCUCCCAUGGCUGCAGGCACUAUUCUAUUCUGGUUAGAACCCCAUUGCCCUUCUUCUCUCCUUCCCUCUCUUGUCAGAGUGAGAGCAAGAGUGAGAGUGACAGCCAAGCCAAGCAAACCAGAGAUCUUCUCACACUACACGCAGCUAUGAGUGAUCUGACCUGCCUCCCAUUCCCAUCUCCAUUCCCAUUUCCAAAGCAACCAACAACAAUGGCUAUCAUUACAAAUAAUCUCAACUGAUGAAACCCCCCUCUGAUUUCUCAUUUCUGAUUUCUUCACGUGAGAGCAUUUUUUUAUAUAUUCAUUCAUCCAUGGUGGUGUACUGUUCUUGGUGGGAUUCGAGAAUCUUGAUUUAUAUAUAUAUAUAUAGCUCGUUAGCUUUCGCUUCUAUUCCAUUUCUGGGCUUUUUGUAAAAAUGGCUAUUGAUUCUCGAGCCCUCCUCGAUUACGCCUUGUUUCAAUUGACACCCACAAGAACCAGGUGUGAUCUGGUGAUCUUUUGUGGGAAGAAGAGUGAGAAAAUUGCAUCAGGGCUGUUGGAGCCAUUUCUUUCCCACCUCAAAUCUGCGAAAGAUGAGAUUUCGAAAGGGGGCUAUUCGAUUACUCUCAAACCCCCUUCCGACAACUCUCCAUGGUUCUCCAAAGCCACUCUCCAAAGGUUUGUGAGGUUUGUCAGCACACCAGAAGUUCUUGAAAGAUUCGUCUCCAUCGAGAGGGAGAUUGAUCAGAUCGAGAUUUCAAACGAUCACGGCAAUGCCUCCGGCGGCAGUCACUCUAAGUCGAAAUCCGAAUCCAACGGCGAAGCAGAGGAGAAUCACAAGAUGCAUCUUCAACGUGUUCUUGAAUCCCGAAAAGCCAUGCUCAAGAAAGAGCAAGCUAUGGCCUAUGCUCGCGCUUUGGUUGCCGGAUUCGAGCUCGAUGAAUUAUACGACCUCGUAUCUUUCAGCGACUAUUUCCAAGCUCUUCGUCUAAAGGAGGCUUGCAUGCGAUUCAUCGAGCUUUGCAAUAAGAAGAACAGCGAUAAGAUCUGGAUGGACGAAGUUGCAGCAAUGCAGGCGUCGUAUUUGGGAGCUCCGGGAACGAUACUCACCGGGGAAAGCCACGAGCUUCAUCCGAACUCAAUACCUAAAAGUUCGACGCCAGACUCAAUCACGAGGCAUGGAAGCUUAGAUACUAGUGAAGAGAAUGCAUCGGCGAUGGAAUUCAACGCGCAACAGACCGAAGGAGUCAUUCCUCAAAUGGCGCCAUGGCCGCAGUAUCCUCUUUAUAUGCAAAAUGCUCGAGGGCAGAUGUUUCCUCAGAUGCCGGUUUACCCGGGAUACGUCUAUCCAGGCAGCAUGCCUUCGAAUUACCCAUGGCCGGCGAAUUUUCAGGAUUCGGAUAGGGAUGUCGAAAAUCGUCGAAGAUACAAGAAACAGGGAAAUCGCACGCGAACUCAGAGUAAGAGCGAUGAUGAAAGCGUAGAUUCUCGUGGAGCAACCUCUCCGAGUGAUUCGAGCGACGAGCAAGAGCACGAACUGAGUCUCGUUACGCGGGAGCGUGAUCAUGGCAAGAAGCUCGGCAGGCAUUCCUCGAAAAAAGUUGUUAUCCGUAACAUAAAUUACAUAACUUCCGGGGGGAGAAACGAAGAUCGCAGCUGCACUUCCGACAGCGAUUCUUCCGGUGAAGACGAUGGUGCUCUUAAACAGCAGGUGGAGGCUGCCGUCGGGAUGCUGAAGCGACGGCAGCAACUGACUGCCGAGAGAAACAAGGGACGGGACGGGAGCAAGAAAGGUGAUCGUAAAUCGAAGAAUGAUAUCGACGACGAGAAAAAUUCUGUGGCUGGCGAAAGGAAAGGCGGGGACUGGGAUAUCUUCCAAAACCUGCUGAUGCAGGACUCGGACUCAAUAUCGAAUUCUAUGGCGGACACAGCUUCGACGAAUAUACAAAAUCAUGAAGAGUACUCUGCCCGAAAGAUCGUCGAAGAGGAAAAUCUACCUUCCGGGAAGUUUGAUAAACCGAAAUAUGGAAGCGAUGGUUUCAUCCUAACCGAAAGAUUCACCGGAAAUGGAGCUGAGAAAACCGGAGUUCUAUUUGAAGGUGAUGAAAGUUUUCGCGGUGUUAGGAGGAGCGGCGAAGACGAGGAAGCGUUGGCGAUUCCACGGAGAAUGGAAGGAGAAUGCUACAUUCAGAAUGAUCAUUUCGGCGUCGAGUCUGCUGUUAUUAAAUUGUCGAAAGAGGAAGAUUGGAUCGUAGGAAGCAAGGCAGAUGUACCGGUGAGUUCGAGCAGCCGUACGAAUGAAAAUAUCUUUCAAGGGGAUCGAUCCUCCGGCAACAGUUUUCGACAUGGAGAAAAUGUGAGAGAUGUUCUCUUGGAUGAUUCAUUUAUGGUUCAAUCCCGACUCUCGGAUGGAAUAUCGCAACAUAAGACAGACAUUCUUGCAGUCUCGGACAUUGUUAGAGUUAACGAGCAGGAAGAGAAUUCGCAAGGGAAGACCGAGCGAAGUGAUUACAAAGAGCCGGAAGAUCUCUACAUGAUGCUCGGACACAAUCCCGAUAAUCGGAGUUGGAGUCCGGAAAUUGAUUACGGAAAAGAUAUUUCGCUUGUCGAAACUGCUGGAAUUCUACAAAGGACAGAGCAAAAGGACGAUGCCGGCGCUGCUGUGGUACGCGGAAGUGGUAAUAAAAACAGUAUAAGGAAUACGAAAAAGCCGGGGCCGGAUGUAGACAGAAGACAGCCAAAGGCUAAAGCUCCCGGCGGAUAUCUUGGAAGAAGCAAAUCCGAUAUUCCAUUGAGGAGCAAGAUGUCGAACAAUGGAAGCACGGCGACUCGAGGCAGAGCUGAGAAGGACGAGGAUAAGAGGAAGAAAACAGAAGAGCUAUUGUUGCAGCGACAAAGGAGAAUAGCUGAACGAAGCGCGGCUAAGGGUGUCACUUCCGAAACAACGAAAAGGUCGUCGAAGGAGAGCAAGAAAAGCAGCUCUGUCUCUAAAAAAACCGAGCAGAUCAAGCCUCGAUCCCCUGUUAAAACGGAGCGCAGGCCUGUGAUGAAGAGUUCGACGAUCGAUCGCCUUUCAGCUCCGCGAAAGCCAACCGAAACCAAAGUCCCGAAUAGGAAACCAACAUCCAAGGCGAGUUCACCGGCUGCUUCGACUCCAUUGAUGAAGAAGAAAAAGGGGACUCCCGAGAAGCCGGAGAAGGCUAAACAUUCGCGCAACAAUACUAUCGACAAAAAUGGUAUUCAAGAAAAGGUUUGCGACGACGAAUCUAAAUGCGCUGAAGGAGCUCUACACAAGAAUGGGACUGAAGAAUUCGGAGCUGUUAAAGUAUUGCACGCCGUAACGUCAGUCGAGAAGAAGGAACCGAGCAUCGUAUCUCCGAAAAAUGCUUCGGAUGACAAGAAAUUCAAAGAAUUUCUUGUUCCUUCCGAUCAUUGUGUCGAGGCUGCGCCUCCUGCAGCUGGAAACAACUUGAAAUCCUCGGACAUGAACACUAACGAGAAAGGUGACGAAAGAAGGAGGAUAUCCUUCUCGCCUCAAGUUUCGGUGAUGGAUGUUGCGACUACGCCUCCGGCGGAGAGUGAAGAACAGAAUCAUUCCAGAAGGAAGUGGAAUGAAGGCGAAAUCUCUCCGAAAAUCCCCCGAGGCUUCCGGAGGCUUCUUAUGUUCGGCCGUCGAACUUGAAUAUUUGCAAGGUAUGCAUUUGUGUUGGAUCUCUUCAGUUAUUACAACAUGAGGUAUACGAAUCGAUGCGUACGACGGAUCGUGUUGUCCGAGCUUUCAUCGAUUUAUCGUUGUUUCGGGAUUUUUUUUUUCUGAAAUUGUUGAUCAUUGAUGGUUGAUUGUUUCAAGUGUGAAGAUGAUAAUCUGUAAUAUGGCUUGUCCUUCCCUUGCAUAAUCUGCAUAUGUAAUGCAGUGAGGAAGUGUUUUUUUGUCC